UCUAUAUCUUUCUUAUCAUUAUCUUCAAAGCAGAGGUGGCUAACCCCCAACUCAAAAGGAUUUUAUUUAAAAUUCUUUACCUUUUAUUUGUGUUCACUGGUGUUUUGGUCAAGGACCCUAACCCACUCAUUCAUAUGAAAAAGUAUUUGGAAGAUUUUGAGUGAUUGGGUAAGUAUUAUCAUCCCGUGAUAGCAUCAAAUUUGAUCAAACUCAUUUAUUUUAAAGAGUUCUCAUCCAUAGCCCUUGCUCAUAUGAGCCAUGUAUAAUAUGGUAAAGGCCUGCCGUGCCCGAUGGGGUGCUUACAAGAAAAUAUGCGAGGGAGAUGGUAAACGAUCCUUUUAAUCUCUGAAACCCAGGCGGAGAGAGCGAGCUAGAGGAGGAGACUGGAGAGUGUUGAAAGUUGAGAGAGAUGUUAUCUGCAAUGAAAUUGCAUGUAUCAAAUCCCACAAUAACAUCUCUAAAUAAAGCCAUAGAUACUCAACGUAAGAUAAUCUCCAUUAAAAACACUCAAAAUCAUAUCUCAUUUCAACCAUUAACAAAUCUUAAUAAUAAUAAUAAUAAUCAAUCCUCCAAGCUUCUUCAAAUUUCUUCAAUUUCACUUCAAUCGGAUUCACCUUCUCUACUAACCUCAUCCAUUGGAUCUCCAUCAUCAUCAUCUGUUCCUGUUAUUCAAUUAAACCUCACUAAUCGUCAUAUCUUGGUAUUAAAUGCCAUUGCCUGUCUGGCAGCAGUGUCGACGUGCUGGCUAUGUUUCUCCGCGAUUCCAGCGCUUUUGGCAUUUAGGAGAGCUGCUGAGUCUAUAGAGAAGCUACUUGAUGAUGCUAGAGAGGAACUUCCAGAUACAAUGGCUGCUGUUCGCUUAUCUGGCAUGGAGAUAAGUGACCUAACAAUGGAGCUCAGUGAUCUUGGACAGGAGAUAACACAGGGUGUUAGACGAUCCACCAGAGCUGUUCGUGUUGCCGAGGACAGGAUUCGUAGUUUUACAAAUAUAAAGCCAACUGCAUUGAUUCAGGAGCAAGCCAGUCAACAAACUAAAACUACGGGACCACCGUUAGCUACAAGUGCGAGGGGCGUCCGCGAGGGGAUUGUGAAAGGACGUCAAAUUUUACAGAGUUUCUUUAGUUUCACUCAGUUUUCUAAGAUGGCCUUAACUUAUUUUGCCAUGCGAGGAAAGAAGCCAUGAGCAACUGAUUCAUGUAUCUUCUUCCUCCCCAUCUAUCACAGCAGAAAUCAAAGGGUACGGUCAUUGUGCCAUGUUGCCAGAGGAAAAGAGAAAGUCAAGUAGCAAACAUGUAUAAUUGUAAUCACCUUGCAGUUUUGCUAUCUGACCAAUCCAUGUUACAACAACAGCAAUCACAACAGUUGAUGUACGCAGUAGUAUGUACAGUACAACUCUUCAUGGUUGUUCCUAACAUUUGUUCGGUCACAUAAUCAGAUCUUUAUAGUUCGAUUAACUGUUAUCAUCUCUCCAGUCUUCCAUUUUGUUGGACUAGCGGGUUUAGGCGUCUAAUCUCGAAAGGAAUCCCUUUUUAUACAGUCCUUUUUUGUCAUGUCAAUUCCUUUUUGUUUUGUCAAAUAAUUCAUGUGGUUAGGUAAUGGUGGCCUAUUGCUAGCCAAAAAAAUCAAAAAACCUUGCAAUUGGUCAGAUUUUACUUGGAUAUCAAAAGAUUUAAAUCAA